CUCUCUCUCUCUCGUGCGCUGGUGUGCCAUUCCCUCCCUCUCCCUACACUUCCUCAGAGUGGUCAGAGCUCCUCUCUUUUCUUCUGUCCUCUCCACAUCCUUCCACCUUCCCUUGUCUCUUUUUUUAUUUUAUUUUAUUUUUUUGCUUGUCUGUUUUAACUUCCACAAUUUUACCCAAAAUCUAAACUGUUGUCUCUUUCUCCAGAAACUUUUUCUUCUUCUUUUACCUAUUUUUUGGGGCUUUGUUUUGAGGGGUCUAGCAUCCUCUCCCUGCGGUUUGUGUCUGGAGUCUCUGGUGCCGCGCUCUUUGCCCUGUGAGGGACUCUCCCAUCGGUUCUGAGAGGAGACAAGACUUGAGGACGAGUUUUCAACACAAUGAAAGUUCAGCUGCUGCUCCUGUUGGCCCUGGUUGGCCCUUUCACACGUGCAAGCCCCACAGGACUUUACAGCACUGCGACUGGAGCAGAUGUCACCCCUGCAGCUGAAACUGAAACAGUGGACCUCACCGGUCCUUUUACAGCCACAUCAGAUGUUSCAACUGACGCCGUGGAUAAAACCACAAGCUCUACCGCGGUCGCUACCGAAGGGACCACAAUAGAAGCUGAGACUAUCACUGACGCGUGGACCACGUCGUCGGCGCUCAUCACUUCAGCUCCCGACGUCAAGACUUCAACUCCCACCGAGGAGACCACGACUACUGUUUUACCAACUGCUGAGGAGACCACGACCGCUGCUGUCGCUGCAGCCGAGGAGACCACGUCACCUGUCGCGGCUCUGCCCGAGGAGACCACAGCUCCUGCACCAGAACCUACCGAUCCUACAGUGGACGAGGUCCUAGUUGCUGUAACGGAGAUAAACAGCACGGGUGAACAGGUGAACAUCGAAGAAAGCACUGAGAGUGAGGAAGGCCUGAGCUCUGGACAGAUAGUCGGCAUUGUGAUCGGUGCCAUCCUCGCUGUGGUGAUUGUGAUCGCUGUGGUGUUUGCGUUUGUGAGGAGGAUGGGCAAAUAUUCACCUUGAGGGAGAAGCUGACCAAGCAACGGGAUCAUGUAAAGUUCUGGAAAUUUGAAACUACUGAACUGUGACGCUGAUUUUGAUCCUAUACACAAAGAUAUACAAAAAAAAGCACAAAACCAGAACUAAACUAAUCAAAGUCGGAGUCUGAACUGUUGCCAAACCAAGAGGUGCAAGAAGGUUUGUUUGUGUUGACGUAUGUGAUGCAUGUACUGUAUUGUUUGCGAGACAAGAGUGGGGGGGCACGAGCCAACAUCCUCGUGCCCCCCCCUGCCACCUCUGAUAUUAAGGAGCUGCUGACAUUAAAGGCUCUGCCUUCCCUUAUUCCCUUGAAGAGAACAAAACAAAGUGACAGCAGGAAGUCACAAAGAUUUUUUUAUUUUCUUCCAAAAGCAUUUUGUCGAAUAAAAAUGAAGAAACAAAUCAACUGACAUGUGGGAAGGGGUGUUUCUGUCCUUUAAAACGGUGGAGUGACAGACUUAAAUUACUGUUAAAGCAGGGAGAAAAGCAUUUAAAUGACAAAGUGUGUGACGUGCACAGAGGCUGAGAAUCCAAAUCAGGAAAUACUGUUGCAAAUCCACAAGAUUCAUGUAUAUACAACGCAGGGGCUCUAUAGCGUAAAGCAAAUGACUCUCAUGUUUUUACAGUUGCAUAGCCUAGCUUUUUGAUAUUAACACGCACUAUAUACAGUAAACUGUAGACUUGUUUUUUUUUUUUUUUGUAGCUAAAACAUCUCAGUUCAGUUUCCCUUGCAGUCAGAAUACCUGACACGUCGGCCAAUCGUAUGAAGCACGGUGUGCAGACGUUCCCACAACACGGGUGUGCUCUGAGUUGACGCGGAACAGAAAAGGCACCCUCGUUUGCAGGAGUGACACGACAUUCUGCUCACUUUUAACACAGACUCAUAAAAACCUGAUACACAUCUGUGAAAUUCAGCAGAAGGGGUUUGUGCCACUGUCUCUGUCUUGCUCGCAAGGAUUCAAUAGUGGGACUCAACUUUCCUAUUUCUUUCUCUUUUUUUUUUUUUUGGUGCAAAAAACUUCUACACGGAUAGCUUUUUUUACUCUGCCAGCAGUUGUUAGACGCAAUUACUGUGAUGUCAUGACAAUGUAGUUCUUCUGUUGUUUUAUUACAAGAACAUCCACCCAGUCAUUAACCCUAGAUUGUACUCACAUUUACAUUUAAUAGCUGCACUUAGUUCUAGUGCACAGUUUUCAGAAGUAUGGCCUGUUUUGUUACUUCUGCAGUUAUAGCUGUGUUAAAUUAGUGUAUAAAAAAAGAACUCGUAACUUGUCCCUGCGUGCUUUUAAAAACAGUAUUUAAUAUGUGCACUGAAUGAGUGGAGUAACAUUUAAUGAAUAGGCUUUAGACUCUGCAAAUGUUUGCAGUGAAAUGUUUUCUUCUGCUUUCGCGUUGGUUUAUUUUUAUGUCUUUAAUUUGUGCUGUCUGAUUCAUGCAAACCUUUUAUUUAAUUGCAGUUUUCUUUUUUUUUUUGUUCAUACUGUUUCAAUAAAACAGAAAAAUGUUUCGUAAA